ACUCUCCGGGUUUUAACCCUGAAUUAAGAACACAUUUAUAUGUCGUGAAAAUUUGUUUUUAAUAAGUCAUCUAUCUGCAAAGAGGGGAAGAGAGAAAUGAUAACAACAGCAGACUAUGUGGAAUUAAAAAUGUAAAGGAUUACAUGUAAAAGCAGAAUGUAUGGAGAUAAAUGCAGGGAUUACAAUGACUUAGAAAAAGGCUGGUUAAAAGUCUGCUUUCCAGUAAUGUACUCUAUCAGUGGAUAAGAAAAGAGGAAAGUGUGAGCUGUGCUGGUAUGUGUAGCCUGUGUAGUGUAUAUUUAUGCGUGUGUGGCUCUCUAUAGUGUGUGUGUGUGUGUGUGUGAGAGUUGUGCAUUAGUCUCUUCAACGCGGAGGGAGAGAGAGUGUGUGAGUGUCAGUGUGUGUGUGUGUGUGAGACAUAUCAUCAUCGGUCCUGAUGCUUUCUGUUCCUGCGUCUCUGAUGUCUUCCAAGCGACCAAUCUCUCCAUAUGGGGGGACAGAUGGAGAGGUAGUCAUGGCAACCAGCAGACAGAGACUGGAAGAGGAAGAGAGAGAUGAUGGACAGGCUGUCAUGCACCUCCCCCUGACUCCCUACUGCAGCAAGGUGUCCCCCCGCUCGCCCCGCCCCCUGGACAGCCCCCCCACCCUUCACAGUGCCAUGGACCAGGAUGGCAGUAAGGGUUGGUCUCUGAGCCCCUACCCCCAGCACAACUCCUCUACCUCUCCAGGCAGUAAGCAGCAGGUGGAGGAGGGGGGUUCAGGGGCCGUAGCGCUGGGGACCCCAGAGAGACGUAAGGGCAGCCUGGCAGACGUGGUGGACACACUGAAACAGAGGAAGAUGGAGGAGCUCAUCAAAAACGAACCAGAAGAAGCCUCCAGCAUUGAGAGGCUGUUGUCUAAGGACUGGAAGGACAAGCUGUUGGCCAUGGGAUCAGGACACUUUGGAGAAAUCAAAGGUACCUCAGAAAGCCUGGCAGAGAAGGAGCGCCAGCUGAUGGGCAUGAUCACCCAGCUGAGCAGCCUGAGAGAGCAGCUCCUGGCGGCCCACGAUGAGCAGAAGAAACUGGCCGCCUCGCAGAUCGAGAAACAACGGCAGCAGAUGGAGCUGGCCAAGCAACAACAGGACCAGAUUGCUCGGCAACAGCAGCAGCUUCUGCAGCAACAACACAAAAUCAACCUCCUGCAGCAACAGAUCCAGCAGGUCCAGGGGCAGCUGCCUCCGUUGAUGAUCCCAGUGUUCCCUCCAGACCAGAGGACUCUGGCUGUAGCUGCUGCCCAGCAAGGCUUUCUGCUGCCCCCCGGAUUCAACUACAAACCAGGCUGCAGUGACCCUUACCCUCUCCAGCUGGUCCCUACUACCAUGGCAGCAGCUGCUGCCGCGGCAACCCCAGGCCUCGGUCAACUACAGCUCCAGGGACGGAGAGGGUCUGAAGUGGGGAUCGACAGGACAAUUGAACAGUUUGGAGUAGACUCCAACUACAACAACCCAGCCUGGUGGUGCUUACAGCAGCUGUAUGCGGCACAGCUGGCAGCGAUGCAGGUGUCUCCAGGGGCCAAACACAGCAGUAUGCCCCAGACCAACCUGAACACCCACUCUCCCACCAACACACACCAAGAGAAGAGCCGCAGCACCCCACCGCCCAAACCCAAGGACGAGGGUGCUCAGCCCCUGAACCUGUCGUCCAAGCCUAAGACAGCAAGCGAGAGCAAGUCACCCACCUCCCCCGCUUCCCCACAGGUCCCCACCAUGAAGCUGGGCCACCAUAGCACCGGAUUAAUGAAACACAGCACAGCCCCCUCCAGCAUCGGAGGACCACCUUCCAGAGUCAGCUCCAUAGACCUGCUGUCAUCCCUGUCCUCGGGGGGCUAUCUGAAUGACCAUGAGGCUGUGACCAAGGCUUUCGCUGAGGCCAGGCAGAUGAAGGAGCAGCUGAAGAGAGAACAGCAGGUGUUGGACGCCAAGGUGGCCGCUGUCAACAACCUCAGCCUCAACAACGGACGCUCCGACAAGGUCAGAUAUGACAAGGCAGCUCUGGAGAGUCUGAGCCACCAGCUAAAGCAGCAGUCAGAGGACAGAGAGAAGUUCAGCCACGCCAUGAUGGACUUCACCAUGAGUGGAGACUCAGAUGGCAGCCCCAGUGUGUCUGAUUCCAGGAUGUUCCGUGAGGCCCGGGGCCGAGGCAACAGCGAACCGCACAUUAAACGACCCAUGAAUGCUUUCAUGGUCUGGGCAAAGGAUGAGAGGAGGAAGAUUCUCCAGGCUUUCCCCGACAUGCACAACUCCAACAUCAGCAAAAUCCUCGGUUCUCGUUGGAAGUCCAUGACUAACCUAGAGAAGCAGCCAUACUAUGAGGAGCAGGCCAGGCUGAGCAAGCAGCACCUGGAGAAGUACCCUGACUACAAGUACAAACCCCGGCCCAAACGAACCUGUCUGGUGGACGGGAAGAAGCUGAGGAUUGGAGAGUACAAGGCCAUUAUGAGGAACCGCCGGCAGGAGAUGAGACAGUACUUCACUGUGGGACAACAGGCCCAGCUGCCCCUGUCCUCGGCGGGCGUGGUGUACCCAGGUGCCCUCUCCAUGGCAGGCUUGCCCUCCCCCCAGAUGCCCUCGGAGCACUCCUCACUGUCCAGCAGCCCCGAACCUGCCGCCCCACCCCUCCAGACCCCCUACCACCCCAGCCUCAAGGGAGACGAGACCCGAGUCAAACAGGAGGAGCUGCGAUUGGACGACAGCAACGGUGAUGCGUACGACGACUUUGAUUAUGAGGACGAGGAGGGAGAUUAUGGAAGUGAUAACGACAACCACCAAUAAUCUGGAAGCAGAGCGAAUCAGAAUCAGAUACCCAGCUUCUUGCUGGAAACACCCCCGUCCGUCCACCAAUCCUGAGAGACUAUCCGUCCCUUAUAUCCAAUCACAUCCAAUGUCACAAACCUCGCCCUCCUUUACCCCUUAACCAACAAGGACUCUGGGAUCUCAGAGCCAAGCCCCUCCCAUUGGAAUCCCGAUACCAGCAACCGACCAAUGAAAUCAAGCACAGGACCUGUCACUCACACUGACUGUUACACCGACUGGAGUCUAGGAGGAGAAGAGCUGAUUGCCGUGACUUCUGCUGAGUACUACACAGUACUACAGCAUACUAACAAAGUACUACAAAGUUCUACAGAGUACUAGAGUAUUACUGCUGUGUACGCCAUAGAGGCAUGAUGAGAUAUACAUUAUGUCAUGAGUAAGCUACAAUAUGAGGAGAAAACACAGAAAAAACAACCUUUUAGACCAGUUUGACUUCAAAGAUACAUUUUUUUAAAACAGCAGGCCUGUCAGUUGAUUAAAGAGACACUUAAAAAGGUCGACCUGUUUGUUUAUAAAAGAGACACUUUUAAAACAGCUUUUUUUUCUUCUUGGUUCUAUGAUAUUCUCACUCAGGUACACGGUGCCAACAAGUGGCUUGUGAAUGUGAUUUGUUGUUUUUGUGCUACAGUUUUAAUAAUAGAUACAAAAUAGAAUUUUUCCCUUUUCAUUGUAAAGCACCUGACAGAAGUCAAAGCAAAAUUUUUAUUUACAAUUAUUAUUCUUUCUUCAACUCUGCAGUGUACUAUCAGCUGAUAUCCUCCCUCUGUGUGUGUGUGUGUGACUCCCCUUAUGAGAGUCAAAAUGGGACAGUCCAGUCAGGGCCAGUGUUGGACUGUGAGGACCGGCUCACUUCAGGGGACUGUGGGGGGGGACCUCAGAGUCUCUCAUCAUGGGCAAGCUUGGACAGUACUGUGUGAUGAGACAAUCUCCCACCAACCCUCUUCUCUCCUGUUACACUCUCGCUCUUUUACCUUUUGUUUACCUUUCCUUUAUUCUGAUCAUGAGGACUUUGUGUCUUUGGAAGGUACAAACAAGGGUUUAUUUUAGAUAUGAAACAUCCCCCUGUAUGUGUGUGAGAGUGUGUGUAAGCAAACUUGCUGUGUGUGUGUGUGUGUGUGUUUAGUCUGUGUGAGCUGGUCUAGUCAUCACUAGGUCCCAGAACUCUGUCCCUUUCCAAGACAAACAGACAACACUGGAGUUUCCCCUGUGAGCCCCCAGAACUUCAGUAUCCUGGUGUAGAGAGACAGAGAAAGCCCUAUGGCUCUCUUGUACACUCACACACACACACAUUCCCAAGUCCCAGUUCCCCAAUUGAAACCCCAUAACAACUCUACUCCGCUGCCAACUGAUCCAGCCAAACCCACAACCCAAACCAUCUCAUAAUACUCCCAACUGAUAUCACACAAAGUUGGUGUGUAUUUUGUUAUAGAAGUUUGGUGGGUUCCUGUGGGCUUCUACUGGUAAUUUAAAGUCUCUGCUGUCUGUCCCCGUUCUGUCCCUCUCUCUGAGAGUCCCCCUCUAUGUCCCCCUGUGUCUUACUCUGUCCCCGUCCGUGUCCCCAAAACACGUCAUUCUGCUGUUCUUAUUGGGAGGAGCUGAUCGUUUUAUCAGCACGUCAGUGUUUCGUUUGUAUUUGAAUACUGUAUUUUAUUAUUUUUAUUCAAACUGCCUCUAGUGUAAUAAUAUUAUUAACAAUAAUUAUAAUGAUGGUCAGCAUUUCUUUAAGUUUUAGUAAGUUAUGUACAGUAUAAUUUAUUUUGUCCUCUAUUGGGUUUUUAUGACCAAUAUGAAACUUAUUCGGUCAAUGAAGCAUUAUUAUAUUUAGCUGCUUUAGAGUAUUUACAUCUAAUGUUGUCCUUUUACUUUUUACUUGAGUUUUAAUUUACAUUUUUUGGUUUCUGUUUUUAUUUGUUCUGUUUGUUUAGUAUUAAUCCUAUAUGGACGCUGUGUGAGGAGGUAGAGCGACACGGAUGGCAGCGAACGAACGGCUGUCGUUCUUCGUGAAGGAGACAGGACUUUCUAUUCACUAACUCUCUCCCCAUCUGCGUCCCUCAUCUUGACAACUUAACCCUUUUAUGUCCAAACCCAUUUCUAAAAGCACUCAGACUCUGUGUGGUCAGAGAAAAGAAGAAGGUGAUCUUUUUUUUGUAAUGGUUCAUGUAUAAUGUGAAGUUUCUUCUACUUUCUUUCUUUUUAUGAAGAUAAAAGAAAACAGCUAUAUUAUUCUAUUCGGUUUUCUCUGAACAAAGGAGCAAGGCUCUCGUUUACUAGGGUUGCUAUUUUCACUGAGAUGCCGUGGAACAUCAUUGAGGCUGGCGGACACAGACACACACACACAGCAGACACACACAAAUUACUAGCAGACACAGUUGUGCAAAUUUCUAUUAACGCGAUCAGGAUUUGGAUCAAAUUAGGACGUGAUCAGAACAUACACACACACGUUUGACCCAUAGGAAAAUCAGUGUUUACUUUGCCUAUCCAACAAUGUUCCACAGCAUAACCUGACAUUCAGUAAGAUGACCAGUCAUAUCUAUGUGACUCCAGAACUCUGGAGACUUUACUUUGUUUUAGCUCCACCCUAUGGCCUAGCCAUUAGCCAUGUCCUCUCACUCUACAGGUGUGCUGCCAGAUAGUGACCCAGCCCAGUCAUGCUUGCUGUAGAUGUUUCUCUUACACAAUCAAUCACAACCAUGCCUAUUGCCAGAUAGUGAGCCUCACAGUCAAUCAUACUUGGCGAUACAGACACCCUCACAAUCAGGCCAUGGUGAGACCUAAUGCUGGAGAGAGGGUGUCCUGUAUUCUGUCUGGAAGCUGUAGGUUAGAUAAGUAGACUAGACAGUGUGGGGAAAAGGAGGGGGUUACAAAUUCAAUCAUCCCAGCUGGCUAGGUCUGCCACAUACUGAGGUAUUAUACUGUACUUAGGGCCAGGAGUUUUGUGACCUGACCAUGUGACCUGACCAGGACAAACACUGGGCUCUAGUUAGACUAAUGAAUAGGGUCCAGAGUUGUUAAUGAGCAGGUUAUGUAGAUAGGGAGCUAGACACUAGUGAGGUUGGCUGAUACAGCGACGAUGAUGAUGAUGAUGAUGGAGAUGAAGAUUAUAAUAAUUAAGACAAUCAAAUGUCAUGAGUGGAGCUCAAAACAAAGUCAGAGUUAGUAAAAAAUAAAAACGUAUCUUACCAUCUCAACUUGAAAAAUGGAGAAAGAUAAUUAUGUAAAUAUAACAUAGAGUUAUAGAUUUAUAUUUUGUUCAUAACACAGUGUAAUAUAAGUUGUAUAUUUCUUUUUCUCUUUUAUUGAUGUUAUCCAUGCUACAAUAAAAGCAGGAGUUAAUGUACUCUUACAAAAAAAUGAAGGAAAAUUACAAAUAAACAAACAAAACAAAAAAAGAGAAGCCGUGGGCUUGCCAUGCACCAUCUGUUCUGAGUUCACUUUUUUCAGUAUUAUUGCCAGUCAAGGCUUUAAUAAAAACAGCAAUGUGUGUUCUGUAAUG